AUGUCUGUGGAGGCGAGUGAUGUUCAAACUGAUGAAGACUGUGAGGAGCUGAGAUGGUUUCUCUCUCCUGCUGAUGUCCCAGUAAAGAGAACAAGGAGGAGAAAAUCUGCUGGCAAGCCUCCUCAUUCUCCGAGGUCUCCAUAUCUCUCCAGUCUGAAUGUGAACCCCAGGAGAGGAGCCGUGGGAGCCGCCUGGAGACUGCCUAGGGGCUCCCUCGGGGACACCAGAGGAGACACACCUGGGGAGACUGGCUCAGCUCGCCUCACGUCCCUCAGCAACGGCCACGAUCUUUUCCAGACGCUCAGAUCAGAGUGUGAUGUUACGCCCGAGCUCAUCAAACAGAGCCCGAGCAUGAGGAAAUACAAACAUCUCCAGUCCGCGUGCAACGGUUUUGCUUUAGGUACAGGGGACAACAGGGACAAGGAGGACAUGCAUGAUGAGAUCAUUCGCCUUAAGAAGAGCCUCCAGGCACAUAAGUCCGACAACCAGCAAAUGAAAGCAAAACUGCGGCGGCUGGAGGAGGAUAACGCUAAAAGAGAGAAACAGAUAGAGGAGCUGUUGGAUCCCACCAAGGGCUCCGAAUACACUCGCAGUUUGGUUGACAAGAAAAGAGAAGGGAGUGUGGUUCUCAACGGGCUGAAACAGAGAAUCCUGAAGCUGGAGCAGCAGUGUAGAGAGAAAGAAAAUGCCUUAAGUAAACUACAAAGUGAGCUGAGGACCACCAACCGAGAGCUGAAGAUCACAGUAGAAACCUACUUUGACGAGAUCCAGAGACUGAGGAUGCUUCUAGAAGCUGCAGAGAAAAGCAGCCGAGCGGAAAGUAAAUGCUCUCAGAGGCAGCAGAAGGCUUUAAGCUCCACGGUUCAUCGUCUGUCCGAGAACCUGAAGCAGCUUCAACAGGAGAACGUGGCGCUCAGAGAGGAGCUCAGCACUGACAGCCCUGCUGGAGGAGUUAAAGGCUACAGGGAGUGGAGUAAACAGAGGCUGCUGAGGAGGCUGUUGGAGGUGGAGAAGAGGCUGGAGGACGGCAGGAGACACGCCCACUCGGCAAAGAGCGGCGGCCGAUUGGACCGGGAGGUCCAGGCCACGCUGGCGGAGAUUCCGGGCGCUGCCAUGGCAACAGAAGCACUGGUCUCCGUGGGAACGGUCACGGAGGAGGAGGGGAGGGGGGAGGAGCUUUCGGAUUUGAGGGAACGCCUCAGCCAAUUGGAAAAGGAUAGGGCGGAGCUUCAGGAGAAGUUGUCAAGUAGAGAUGAUGAACUCAAACAGUCGAGGGCCGACAGAGAAGAACUGGAGAAAGAGACGGAGCGACGGAAAGCUGAAGAGGCAAAACAACAGGAGAAAGAGAGACAGCAACAUAAGUAUGUUUUUAAUUGAGGAAUCUGAUGUCUGUUUGGUCCAACAUGCCCGGACAUGUGACUCCUCUGGCUGUCAAGUUAAAUAUUUUGAAUAGGGUCGGAUAUGCUUACCACCUAAUGUGUGUUUCUUAACAUAUUUCUAAAAUUGAAUUAGUUCUCUGAUAUUUGUUUAGCUCAAAACCAA